AUGGCGGCCGCUCCUGAAUCUCAGCUACUUCCUAAACCAUCAGCCACUUAUCUGAAGGCCUUUGACGACUUAUGUACCGCGUGCCUGGAACAGCGCAAGCAGCUGCUUUCUCAAGACUGUUUCAAUGUCGUGGACACCCAACCAGCUAACCACACAUCGGUCUACUUACAGCCUACUAACUGCUACCACGCUGUGAGCAUCUGUGGGAGAUCCCCUUCCACCGAUGGGGGCGCAGAGAGUGGCCUGAUCCAUGGGCAACACGUGAUGGCUUGCACAAGGACCUGGGGCUGGUGGCACGCCAAUUUCUCCUGCACCAUGUUUAUAUUUCAUGAUAUGAGGUCGGGGUGGACUGAUAGCUCACCAUUUCAGGCUGGUCCUCAUAAACGCUAUGAGCUGUUUUACUGCUCUUUUUAUUUCAGUCUGCAAAUUGCUCCUUUUUUCAGUUUUUCUCUGAGCCUUGUAAUACGGUGA